GGAGGCGGCGGGGACGCCCACGCUCCCUGCGCCGCAGCGCCCGCCCCGCCCCGCGCCCGCCCGCUGCGCCCCGGCAGGUGGAGCGGAUCCGGGCGCCGGGCCGCACGGCUGCACCACCUCCCGGCCCCGCGCAGGCCCCGCGCCCAUGGCCGGCGCCGAGCAGCAGCGGCCGCGCGGGCGGGAGGACGCGGACCCGGCGGCCGGGGCGCCCCUGCAGGACGCGGAGCUGGCCCUCGCGGGCAUCAACAUGCUGCUCAACAACGGCUUCCGGGAGUCGGACCAGCUCUUCCGACAAUACAGAAAUCAGAGCCCCUUAAUGAGCUUUGGAGCCAGCUUUGUCAGUUUUCUGAACGCCAUGAUGACAUUCGAGGAGGAAAAAAUGCAGUUGGCGUGUGAUGACUUAAGAACGACAGAGAAGCUGUGCGAGAGCGAGGAGGCGGGCGUGAUCGAAACCAUCAAGAACAGAAUUAAGAAGAACGCGGACGCCCGGAAGUCAGCGCCCUCGACGGUCGACAGGCUGCAGCGGCAGAUCAUCAUCGCGGACUGCCAGGUGUACCUGGCCGUGCUCUCCUUCGUCAAGCAAGAGCUCUCAGCGUACAUAAAAGGCGGCUGGAUCCUGCGGAAAGCCUGGAAGAUCUACAACAAGUGCUACCUGGACAUCAACGCGCUGCAGGAGCUGCACCAGAGGCGGCCGCCGGGGCCCGCCGACGCCGCCAACGACAACCACGCGGCGGCCGACGGGGUGUCCGAGGAGACCCUGAGCCGGCUGAGAGGUGCCGUGAGCUUUGGAUACGGCCUGUUCCACCUUUGCAUCUCCAUGGUGCCCCCCAACCUGCUCAAAAUCAUCAACCUGCUGGGGUUCCCCGGAGACCGCCGCCAGGGGCUGUCUUCACUGAUGUAUGCGAGCGAAACAGCGGGGCCGGGAGGGGUCCGGGCCCAGCAUCUCUCCCCCCGCAGGCUGGCGCUCCUGUGGUUCCACACCGUGGUCCGCCCCUUCUUCGCCCUGGACGGCAGCGACAGCCGGGCGGGCCUGGAGGAGGCCAAGGAGAUCCUGCACAGGAAGGAGGCUGCCUACCCCAACUCCUCCCUCUUCAUGUUCUUCAAGGGGCGCAUCCAGCGACUCGAGUGUCAGAUCAACAGUGCCUUGGCCUCCUUCCACACGGCCCUGGAGCUCGCCGUGGACCAGAGGGAGAUCCAGCACGUCUGUCUGUACGAGAUCGGCUGGUGCAGCAUGAUCGAGCUGAACUUCCAGGACGCCUUUGGCUCCUUCGAGAGACUGAAGAACGAGUCCCGGUGGUCGCAGUGCUACUACGCCUACCUGACCGCCGUUUGCCAGGGGGCCGCCGGCGACGUGGACGGCGCGCAGGCCAUCUUCAAGGAGGUGCAGAAGCUCUUCAAGAGGAAGAACAACCAGAUCGAGCAGUUCUCCGUGAGGAAGGCGGAGAGGUUCCGGAAGCAGGCGCCCACCCGCGCGCUGUGCGUGCUGGCCUCCGUGGAAGUGCUGUACCUCUGGAAGGCCCUCCCCAACUGCUCCUUCCCCAGCCUGCAGAGGAUGAGUCAAGCCUGCCAUGAGGUGGACGACGACGCUGCCGUGGGGCUGAAGCACCUGCUGCUCGGGGCCAUCCACAAGUGUCUGGGGAACACGGAGGACGCCGCCCAGUUCUUCCAGCGCGCUGCGAAGGAUGAGUUGUGUCGUCAGAACAACCUGUACGUCCAGCCGUACGCCUGCUAUGAGCUGGGCUGUCUCCUGUUAGACAAGCCAGAGACGGUAGCAAGAGGCAGAGCUCUCCUUCUCCAGGCAAAGGAGGAUUUCUCUGGCUACGACUUUGAGAACAGACUGCACGUGCGCAUCCACGCGGCGCUGGCCUCCCUGCGGGAGCUGGUCCCGCAGUGACGGGCGGGGCUCCCCCCGUCCCCGCUCCGGGUUCUGCCCCUGCGGCUGGAGGCAGAGGCUGGAAGCAGAGGACGCCGCUCCUUGCUCCUCGAGGACCCGCCUUCCCCGCCACCGCCGCCGCCUGCGCAGGGACAGACGCUUCCCGGUUCCCCGGUUAGGCCGCCGUAGUGGAGAUCUAGCUCCAAAAAGCAGCAAUGAGAUCUAGUCCUUGUAACCAACGCCUGGGAGGGGUUAAGUGACCUUGUUCAGACACUUUAGUUUUGUGAUUUAUUAUUUUUAAAAUAAAAACCAAGCUCCACACCCAACCUGCGAUCUUGUGGACACGCCGACCGUAAGCACACGUCUGCGGGGCCACACCGAGAGGUGCCCGUGCGGCUGGUGACGGCCUCGCUGCGGCAGUUACGUUGUGUUUUGGGGAAAAGGAAGUGCUUCCGGUGUUUUUCUUUUGCCCUCGCGCCGGCCCCGUGGAGAACAUGGCACAGAUAUUCCGAUCCCCGCAGCCCAGACCACGAAACUCAGGCACAAAAAGCAAAUUGAUUUACCCCAAUUAGUUCUUCCUGUUACCAGUGGACCGGUCUCCGGACCAGGAAGCGAAUAUUCCUUUAUUGUAAAAAGUAUAUGUUAAGAUCCCAGAGUUCCUUGUUUUCCUUAUUAAAAAAAAACAAUUGCUCUUCA